AUGGCGCGACGUGGCGGAGCGAAGGAGGCGAACGGCGGCUCCGAGGCGUCCGACGCCGUCUUGCCGCGAGCUCAUCAUCGCCAUCGUUACAAGGGAGUGAGGAUGCGGAAGUGGGGGAAGUGGGUGGCGGAGAUACGGCAGCCCAACAGCCGGGACCGCAUCUGGCUCGGCUCCUACGCCACCGCGGAGGAGGCGGCGAGGGCCUACGACGCCGCCGUGCUCUGCCUCCGGGGCCCGACCGCCCUCCUCAACUUCCCCGACUUGCCGCCAGAGAUCCCCCCCUCAGCCGCCGCCGGAGGAGGAGGGGUCUCGGCUUCCCAGGUCCAGAUGGCUGCCGCUAGGCAUGCUCAUGGCCGUAGAGCAGCAACGGCCGCGGAGACUUCUACGUGCUCCGGCGGGGAGCCUUGUGGCAGCAGCUCACCGGAUGUUCUGCAGAUUGCUGCAAAUAGCAGUGGUGGCGGAGAGGAUAUUAGCAGGUUCGCGACGGACGGGUGUUACCUUGGGACGGAGCAUGGAGUUCAGGUAGACUUUUUAACUCCCCAGCAACUCUCUCUCGCUCCAAAUCCUUGAGCUGCGAACAACAGAGGGGCGGGUGCUAAAUUUAAUUGCUAACUCCUUAGAGGUCAACCUUUCGUUGCUCUUUGGAUCAUCAGAUCAAGAUGAAAAUUGCCUGUCUUUUAUUGCAAAGUAUGUGCUGAAAAUGGCCAAGUUAAUUCCUUCGAGUUUGUCUUUUCGGUUUUUCUUAUGGAUUGACCUUUGUUUCU